GGUGUCGCAGCAGGCAGCUUUUGUGGCAGAGUGCCAAAUUGAAAUCAGCUGCCAGCUGAGAAGUGAUAAAUUAAAUAACAAUAACAAACGCCUUGCAAUCACAUAAACCCAUGGCUUUGCGCGGUUCCCACCGCUUGGAAGUGAUCUUCAAACGCUGCAUUGCCUCCCCGGUGUUACACAGUCAAGCAGGCAAUCGGAGGAGCAGUCAAUUAGCGAUCAAAGGAGUCGAUCCAAACAGCAAUGGUAACAGUGGGCAAUAUCAGCAAAAUGGUGAACAUAAAGAAAAAGGCUGGAGACGAUUGGUUCGAUUCUUUGUGCCCUUCUCCCUGGGCGCUGCGGUCAGUGCGGCGAUCAUCCAGCGGGAGGACUUAACGCCAACGAUCGCCGCUUCCAAGAUGACCGGUCGUCGGCGGGACUUCAACUUUAUAGCUGAUGUGGUGGCAGGUUGUGCGGAUUCGGUGGUCUACAUUGAGAUCAAGGACACCCGCCACUUUGACUACUUCAGCGGCCAACCGAUUACGGCAUCGAAUGGUUCCGGCUUCAUCAUUGAGCAGAACGGUCUCAUCCUUACCAAUGCCCAUGUGGUGAUUAACAAACCACACACAAUGGUUCAGGUGAGACUAUCCGACGGCAGGACUUUUCCCGCCACCAUCGAGGACGUUGAUCAGACAUCCGAUCUUGCGACUUUGCGCAUACAGGUGAACAAUCUUUCGGUGAUGCGGCUAGGCAAGAGCAGUACCCUGCGAUCCGGCGAGUGGGUUGUGGCCUUGGGCAGUCCGCUGGCCCUAAGCAAUACGGUGACCGCAGGAGUAAUCAGUUCCACGCAGCGUGCAUCUCAAGAACUUGGCCUUCGAAACAGGGACAUCAACUACCUGCAAACGGAUGCUGCGAUUACGUUUGGCAACUCCGGCGGUCCCUUGGUCAAUCUGGAUGGCGAGGCUAUUGGAGUUAACUCGAUGAAGGUGACGGCUGGCAUUAGCUUCGCAAUACCCAUUGACUAUGUAAAGGUGUUUCUGGAGCGGGCGGCCGAGAAACGAAAGAAGGGCUCGGCCUACAAGACUGGCUAUCCGGUCAAGCGCUACAUGGGCAUCACCAUGCUGACGCUCACACCGGAUAUUCUGUUCGAGCUCAAGUCACGAAGCCAAAACAUGCCCAGCAACUUAACGCACGGCGUGCUCGUGUGGAAGGUUAUCGUUGGGUCACCGGCGCACAGUGGUGGACUCCAACCCGGAGACAUAGUGACCCACAUAAACAAGAAGGAGAUCAAGAACUCAUCGGAUGUCUACGAUGCCUUGGCGGAUAAUAGUAAAACCCUAGAUAUAGUGAUCCUGCGAGGUGUGAAGCAGAUGCACGUGACCAUUACGCCAGAAGAUCCCUAGUUAAACCUGUAUGCAGCACCUGUCCCCAAUUGUAUAUAUUUAUAUAUGUAAACGAAACCUACCGAUCCUGGGAAGAAAUCGCUGACAAACGCACCCCCACACGCUCCUAUUCCUAAUCGAGUGCCUGCCUAUAUUUGUCUCUGGCUAACGAGUAGGGAAAUUUGCAUAGAUCGCGGGCUCGUUAUCAGUGGCCAUUAUUAACAGCGGCACGACCAUAAGUUAAUCUACGCAUCGGACGGCACGAAAAUGUAUCUCCGACUGGGUCGAUUGGGUCGUCUGUCCGUUUCCGAACAUCAUCGAUUUCUCUUUCAUGGAGCGCUGUGCGUGUCCCCUACCAUCCGUCUGUCUGUUCGACCGUCCGUCCGUCCGAUUGUCCUCUUCCAACAACGACAAAAAUGUAUUUACGCUAAUUGAAAUAUCUUGCGUUGCGAUCAAUCGAUGCCAUAUUUUUUAUAGGCCAAACCUCGGCAGUGCAGAAAAUGCAGCAGCAACAUCAGCCGCAAAAAAAUGUCGAAAAGCGAAAUGCAAAUUUCAAUAAAUUUAUGCAACUGUAUUCCCAGCGCUUCACUUGGCCAGCUGUUCAAUACCCUCGAUAGGGGUACGUUAAGUAUAUCUUACAACAUGAAAAAUUCUAUUUCUUGGGUGCUGAGAAGUUCAAUGGUCGAAUAACAAACUUAUUGCAAAUUAUUAUUUAUAAGUAUUUUUUGAAACUGAACCUUUAAAAUGUAUUGCUGCCUAGAUGAAUCACAUUGCAUAUUCAGACAAAAAUAUUCAGUCCUAGUUUAUGAAAACACUAUUUUAUCAAACUAAAAAUCUAAAAAUUUUGAGAGUAUGAAACAAACAUGAAUGUGUAAUUGAAACGAGUCUCCUUAAAUCUACAUGUUAUGUGCAUAAACAAAACAAACCCAAAAUAUGACCUAAUAGUUGAAAUAAUGCAUUAAAUGGAAUUUUUAUCCGAAA